UCUGAAUAUCGCAAUAAAUAUUAAUAAUAAAUCUGAGUAAUCGUACUUACUACAUGUACAUACAAGACAAGUGUAGUUUCGAUUUCGAAUACUCGAUUAUUUUGUACCUAUAAUUUAUUAUGUUUUGAUGAUUGGACUGAUUAGAGAGAGGGAUUGGAUUCUCAUUUGUUGUUGUAAUGUCUCUCGCCAAAAUGGUUUGCAUUUUCGGUCAUUGACGAAGUAAUAGAGUUGGUUUACGGCGUUGGUUGCUUUGUGUCUGUUGGAGUUUAGCCCACAUUAAAGAAAACAUGGCCAUGUAAAUAUGACUGAAAUCACCAUACCUAAAUACGGGCUGGUACAGGACGUUAAGCCACACUAUGUGUAUACGAUCAAGGUUUUAUCUGACGGUUACCAAGAGUGCGUGGAAAGACGGUAUAGUGCUUUUCACGCAUUUCAUAGGGAGUUGAGGAAAUCUAUAUCCACACCGCCAUUUCCAUCAAAACGCAUACGAUGCUCGCAGCCAAAAGUUCUCGAACAAAGAAGAGCUGGUUUGGAGAGAUAUUUACAGACAGUUUUCAAAAUUGAAGGUGGAUAUAAACAGGUCAUGGAAUUCCUCGGGUUAAAGUAUCAGCCAAGCCAUAAAAUAGAUGUCAAGUAUCAGCGCCCAGUGUUUCAUAUGAUAAAUGAACAUAUUCCAUCUAAAAACAGACAUGAAAAACGUUUAUGUUUACCAGACAUAAUCACAGAUGGUGUCCUUAAAGCUUUAUAUGGUUAGUAUUUAACAGGUUGACCGCCAUGAGUCUCUUUUAGGGUUCUCACUGGUCUGUCCCCCUGACGCCACAAUAUUUUUAAUGGGUUUACUCAAAUUUUAUUUGAACAAAAAAAUGAUUGGAUUCUGCUUAAACUUGAUAUAUGGGUUCAGUAUUGCUUAUAUAACUUAUCUACAGUUAUUUUGGAUAAAUUCUAGCUGAGAUCCUUAAUAGAGUCUCAUGGCGCUGAUGAGUAAUUCGUAAUAAAAAUUAAUGAUUGUUCCUAACAUAUUGAGACACUAAAUAGGUUCUCAAAAUAUUAAUUGUAAUAAUAACUUGUCAUUCCACUACAUUUAGUAAGUAUGUUAUUUAGGAUAUAUCUGUUUAGGAACAUGAGGUUUAUAUGGUUAAAAAUGUACCAAACUAUUUUUCAAAAAAUCAUACCUUAGUAGUAAAACCUUUAAUAGUACCUUUAAUAGUAAUUAAAAUAAUAGUUAGUAAUAAAAUGUAUAAUUAUUAUACCAAUGACAUAAUAAAAAUUUAAAAAGUAACAUUUUCUUAUUUUACAUAACAGGUAUCACAGUAAAAUAAUUAGUAUCACAUUUUAUUUUCUUAUAAAUAUUAAAUAAACAACUGAAAAAAGUAACUUAUACCUUAUGUAUACUGCUUGGUGUACAAGUAAUUAAAAUAAUAGUUAGUAACAAAAUGUAUAAUUAUUAUACCAAUAACAUAAUAAAAAUUUAAAAUUUAAAAAGUAACAUUUUCUUAUUUUACAUAACAGGUAUCACAGUAAAAUAAUUAGUAUCACAUUUUAUUUUCUUAUAAAUAUUAAAUAAACAAUUGAAAAAAGUAACUUAUACCUUAUGUAUACUGCAUUGUGUACAAGUAAUUAAAAUAAUAGUUAGUAAUAAAAUGUAUAAUUAUUAUACCAAUAACAUAAUAAAAAUUUAAAAUUUAAAAAGUAACAUUUUCUUAUUUUACAUAACAGGUAUCACAGUAAAAUAAUUAGUAUCACAUUUUAUUUUCUUAUAAAUAUUAAAUAAACAAUUGAAAAAAGUAACUUAUACCUUAUGUAUACUGCAUUGUGUACAAGUAAUUAAAAUAAUAGUUAGUAAUAAAAUGUAUAAUUAUUAUACCAAUAACAUAAUAAAAAUUUAAAAUUUAAAAAGUAACAUUUUCUUAUUUUACAUAAUAGGUAUCACAGUAUAAUAAUAAUUAGUAUCACAUUUAAUUUUCUUAUAAAUAUUAAAUAAACAACUGAAAAAAUUACUUAUACCUUAAUUAUACUGCAUGGUGUAAAGGUAAUUAACUACUUUGAUACUUUGUGAUCUUCAAAAAAACACUCAAAACAAAUUUUUUGGUCACAUGCCUCACAUUUUGUACUUGUUUUUUUGGAGUAUUUUUGGGAAUAUGUUCUUCCUUUUUCUUUUACCAUUUUUUUAUAGCAUUUAUUGCAUCUACCUUUGAUUGUUUUCACUAGUUUAUGUUUAAUUUGGUUAAUAGAUUCAAUAGGUUCAACAUCUUUUGUGAUAAGAUUUUCUACUAACAUUGUACGAAAUUCAGUAAUUGAUAUUUUAUUAUCUGUCACUUGAGUAAACAAAACAUGUGCAUUGACAACUGCAAUAUUUAAAAGAGCAUCUAGUACUACUUUUCUGUACCACUUUACACAACGACGCAAUGGAUUUGAAUACGAACUCAUUUGAUCAGAUAAAUCUAUUGGAGAUUUACCUUCAUUAUAAUCCAUUACAACUCUUGGUUUCAUAAUGGUUUUACCUCGAACAGACAACUUCACCAUUUCACUGUCAUGUUUGGAUGAGAUCAUACAUAAUUCUCUUUUAUCACGCCAUUUUAAAACUAAAAUAUUUGAUGAACUCCUCAUAGAUGAAAUUUCAUCUUUUUUUAAUUUUUUUGUUGUCACUUCUUUAGGAUUUGAUUUUCUGUUGGUUCUUAAAGUACCUACUAAAUGUGUUUGUUGUCUAUUUAAAAGUUCGGCAAGUUCAACACUAGUGUACCAGUUGUCAACCACAAGUGUUCGACCACAAUUUAGAAAUGGUUCUGAUAGUUCUUGGACAAUUUUGGAACCAACAUUAAAAUCAGGAUUGGCUUCCUUUCCACAAUACACCUUUACAGCUAGUGUAUAGCAGGGAUGGAUGCAUAAUUUAAAUAGCUUGAUUCCGAAUUUGUUUCUUUUAUUUUUGAUAUAUUGUUUAAACGACAAUCUACCCAUGAACUUUAUUAAAGACUCAUCAAUACAAAAUGAUUCACCAGGUUUCAUACACAUAUUUGAAUUGAUCAUUAUGUCAUCUAAUAUAGUUCCCAGUUUAUAUAAGCGAUUAGUUUUAUCAAUCUGAGAGUUGUCAGAAAAAUGAAUCAUCUGUAGUAAUAUUUCAAAUCGAUUCCUACUCAUGAUGGUUCCAAAUUUAGUAUUAAAUAUUUUUGAAUUGCUCCAAUAUAAUUCAUAUGUUGGCAAUUGAACUAUACCUGUCCACAUGAGGAGUCCAAAAAAUUGUUUUAAUUCAAUAACAUUUGUGUCUUUCCAUUUAUUAAGACGAGAGUGAGGUGAUAUGUUUUUACCACUAAUUUGCUGGGACGCAUAUCUAUUAGUUUCUACAACUAUUUUACUAAGAAUUCUAUCAUCUACUAUUAGCUGAUAAAAAUCAAGCGGUGACCCAUCAAUCAUGGUAUCAAAUAAGUCUGGAUUAAUACCUGUUAUUUCAUUAUUAGGAUUGAAUAUAAAAUUGUUCAUAACUUUGUCGUCGACUCGCCACUGACGAUUUGGUUCAGAUACUGGGUUUUUUGGUCUUCCACGUGGUUUAUGUGUGACAAUGAUAUCGUCUUCUGAGUCACUAAUAUGAGAAACCUCUAUAUACAAAAUAUACAAUAAAUAUAGAAUAGUAUAAUAUGUUGUGUAUAGAAUUAGUUUUAAUUUACCAGAGUCAUAAACAUUAUUUUCUUCAACAUCCAUAUAAACUGCCAGAGGGUCAGCUAAAUAAUAAAAUAAUAAAUAACUCAGUUCAACUGUUGUACAAUUCAAGUAUUAUAAAUUAUUACCAUUGUGAUUACUACGGUUACUAGUUUCUGGAAAUAAGCAUCGAUUUGUUUUGAUUUCAUCAGUUUCUGAAUCAUUUUCAUCUAAGUGUAAUAUAAUAUGAAAAUAUGGAUACUAAAAAAAUCAUUGUAUGUUGUAAAUAAUAAUGUAAAGGCACUUACUAGUCAAAUUAUUAUUGUGGGAUAACUCCCAAGUAGGAUCGUCAUCUGAGUCAUCAGGAUAUUCCUCAAAAUCAGAAUCAAUUAAAUCACUUAUCUCUUGUGAAUUCAUUUAUAAAUUAUUUGAAAACUAAGUACAGUAAGACAGUACAUCAAAAAUAAAUAGAGUAAAACAGUAAAGCAAAAAAUUUUUUAAAAUAAACGUUAUCGUAUCAUAAAUUAAAUUUUUAUCGUAUUAUCAAGUUCUAUAUUAUCAGUAGCGGUAGAUAUCAUAUUAUACAAAAUAAAAACCAGAAAUAUAAAACCACAAACAUGGUCAAAUACAUUGUACAACCAUGACCAGAAAACUUAAUUGUUAUCAAUAAAUUUAAAAUGAACAAAUAAAGAUAAACGUUUGCUACAAAGACCAAAUUAAUGUGGUCACACUGUAGAAUCCGAUUCUGCAAUCAAAACUAUGUUAAUUGAGACUCUUUUCAGAGUAUCAGCAUUUAUUUCUAACUGAUCAUUAAGAUCCCAAAAAGAGUCUCAAACACGAUUUUCAGUAAUAUAGGUGAGACCCCAAAUCGAGUCUCAUGGCGUUGUUGAGUUAUUUUAAAAAAAACCCGUGGCGGUCAACCUGUUAACUAUUGAGAAAUAGUGAUAUAUUUAGGUACACCUUUUGUACCUAGAUUUUUUUUAUUAUUUAUAUAGAUAAACAUUUGAAAUCAAACUUAUUUUUAGUAAUUUUAUUAUAUUUUACUCAUGUAACAUUGUUUAUUUUAGAAAAACAAUGACCAUAAUUAUUAUUUUAAUAUAAUACCUACACAAAUAAUAAAUAUAUUAUAUUAUAACAA